AUGUCUUCGACAGACACGUCUGACCCAUCGACUAUGUCGACAUCCUCGACCGCAGCGAACACGACUUCGUCAUCUUCGGCCGCUUCGACCCCUUCUCCCUCCAACUCCAGUGUUACCACGGCUCCUUCAACAUCGGCAUCGCGCCGGCCGCCCCGGAAGAGCACUCUGACCCAACAGCAGAAGAACAAUAAGCGACAACGGGCAACCCAGGAUCAGCUAGUCACUCUGGAACAUGAGUUCAACAAGAACCCUACUCCCACGGCAGCCACGCGAGAGCGCAUCGCUCAGGAGAUCAACAUGACCGAGCGUUCGGUUCAGAUUUGGUUCCAGAACAGACGAGCCAAGAUUAAGAUGCUCGCGAAAAAGAGUAUAGAAACCGGUGAAGGCUGUGAUUCAAUUCCCGAAUCGAUGAGACAGUAUCUGGCGAUGCAAUUCGAUCCUAGCAAAGCGGGUGCGAGAGACCCAUUCGGGCGCACAGGUGCGUAUGGAGCCAAUGGUGCUUACCCGAACGAGUCCGCACCCUCAGGGAAAGUCGUCAUCCAUCACUUCACCUGCCGUUCCCUGACCAUCGGAAGCUGGCGGCGCAUCGGGCAAAACGCAAUGGACCUGGUUGUCUUCUACUCCCCCGAAAAAGCCUGCAUGACAUAUUACAUCAACAACGAUUCUGCCGGAUACAAAAUCGAGUACCCCUUUUCCUACAUCAAGAACAUCACGCUCGAAUCGGGUGAUGCCAACGCCCAGUCCAACGGGGCUCCCACCAGGCCGGCUGGCCUCCUCGUGGAACUCAAUCGUCCUCCGUUGUUCUACAUGGAUUCGUCUAACUCGGGUGGAUUCUAUCAAUGCGGCGAUUUUACGGAGGAUCAGCAAGCGAGCCAGCUCCUGGUGCACCAUUUGGGAGGUCAUCCCAAGGUCCUUAGUGUCCAAUUGGCCAAGUUGGUGUCGCUGGAGUCCUUCCAAAACCGUCUGGCGUACAGCAACCUUGCGAUGGCACCGCCAAUGUCGCCUCAUUUCAUCCAGCGCCCUGCCUCUCAACCAAACCAAUUCGCGCCGGCAUUCAUGAACAUGUAUCAGGACCAGUCGACCCUGAACAUUCCAGUCGCUCGCGGGCACAAGCGGCAAAGGAGUCGUUCCGUUCCGGUUGCUGUUGACUUCUCUGCCAUGCAAAUGUCUCACUUCCCGUCUUACAACAUGUCCCAGACUCCGGCCCCAUAUCAUAACGGGGACUCGGGUAUCUUUGCGCCUGUCCCGCAAUCGGCUCAACCGCUAGCCCUGAACCUGCGCAUUGACACCUCCCCUUCGUAUGGCCCGUCCAUCUUCGCUACCAGUGCGACCGGUGAGUCCACCCCAGUCGCUACGCACAUGGGCCCUUCAUUCAGCCUGCCUUUUGUGGCGCCUUCGGUGGAUUCGUCCAGCAUGGGACAUGCAGCUCCUUCCUACUCGAAUGUCAGCCAUGCCGAUCCUAUGAUCGCUGAACAUUCGCCUCCCUUGUCGAACAUGGCGCAUACCCCGCAGGAUAUGUACACCCUGGGAACCGAGCAGCAGACCAAUUUUGGAGACGAUGGGAUGGGUAUGAAUGAGAUAUUCGUCAAGCAGGGCAUGGAUUAUUCUGUCCCCACCACCAUGGGACUUGACGGUAACACAUUCGACCUGCCCAUGCAGACCUUGUCUGGCCAAACUUCGCCAGUCCUUGCAACCGACUAUCAAAGCAUGGAGGGUGUUGAUCUCAACUCAUUAGCUCCGGGAUCAUGA